UCUUCAGAUCGGUCUUCACGGCCGCAAAGUAUUGUUCUAGUUGAUACAGCACUUCCUUAUACACUGUGGUAUAUAAGCGUGCUUUUUUGUUGUUGUGCCUGCCUGUUUUGCUACUACACAAGAUCGCCCUAUUAUGUCACGAUGGAAGCAAGUAUCCUCCCUUGUGCAUAACAAGACCCUGGUGUCUUCUCUUGGGGUAAGUUUUCAAGCAGUAUCAUUUGCUCACACGGUAUCUUGUGCAUGCACUUCUCCAGAACUACUCGCAUGCUGGCCAGUUGCAGUGAUGUCUUACUACUCCUUUUGUAGCUUAUUCAUUUACGUAUGCAAGCGUAUUUAUUUUUUCGUCUGUCUGUUUGCCUAUUUAGCAAUAUUUUCAUUUGACGCUGUGUCUGUUCCAUUGCUAUCCUCGCUAUGUUUAUUCUCUUCAUGUAGCCUUUUAUUUUCGUUCGACCUUUCAUGUGAAAAUAUCACUCAGUUUGUAUGUUAUUUCGUUCAUCUUUCACUCAUUUAGUAUUUCCUUUUUAGCUUUUACUUGUCAUCUCCUCGACCUAGUUUUUAAUUGUAUUCACCACCCCUCUUCAAUGGAGAUUUGAAAUGCACAUCAUACUAAAACAUGCUAAAUAACCUUGAAUUGCGAGGAAACACUGACACAACCCAGCCAGUAUAUAUCUGCUACUGGAUCUCAUUUAAGACUUGACUUAAAGAGGGAAUAAUUAACCAAAAUAAUUGUGAGGCUGGCACUGCGACAGAGGACGCAUUCAUAAAAGGCCAAUAUUUUCUUCAGCAUAUAUCUCUUUAAAUUAUUAUUGCAACCCUCUCAAGACUUAUAGUAGUAGUUGAAAAUAGUCUAAUGAAAUUAGCCUUUUGCUGUGGACACUUUCACUAACCUUUACAAAUCAUUGAACGACAAUAGGCGAUUUAUUUUCGUUCUUUCUGUUUGGAAUUCAAGUCAGAAACCUUUAUCGUUCCCUCUUCCGGUUAAUUUCCUACGGUCAUUAAUUCGAUCAUUUAUUUGACUCUCGACUUCCUCUCCUUACCAUGGUUUUAUUUCUUCCGGUUGCUCGGUGUUUUCGUCUGUGGUUGUUUGAAACGGUUUGAGAAGGAAUUAUAAUGAUAACUGCUGACCUGAAUGUUUUUAAGGAAGUUAUCGAAAGUUACAUCACAUGUUGAUGUUGUGUUGUGAAGUAUUGAAAGAACCUGCCGAGAUAGUUGUGACUACCUUGCCUCAUCACUUACAUUUUUAUUGUAUUUACUCGUUCAAGGCAAGAAUUAUAAUAAAAGAGAAGUUAUUAUAAAGUGUUAAAGUUCUUAAAUUGCUAAAAAUACAUUUUCGUGAAAAAAUCCAAUAUGGUUACCGAUUGCUAGUGUCACGGUGUUCGGGUUGGCAUUCAAAGGGUUAAAUUUCUUAUCAUAAAUCUAAAUCUGCCCCUCCCUUCAAAAAUAAUCAGGGAGGGGGGAGAAGCAAGCAAAUUGGCGAACUCGAGGCUACCCUACUCCCUGUUAAAAACUUGCCUUAACAAAAAGGGUAUAUCAGACCUACAAAGAUGCAGAUCAGUCAGUUACUAGUGCUGUUUACAAGACAGGAGUUUUUAUCUUCAAAAAAGGACACUUUAAUAUCAGAGAGAUCAGAUUUAGAAUCACGUUUUCCUUAACGUUUGCCAAGAGACAAUGUUUUCCCUUUACUUUUCGUUUACUCUUCGUUAUAAAUAAAUGGUUUCAAGCCAGGCUGACAGUUUUUAUCUGCUCAUUUCCUAAUUUGAGAAAUUGUCAUGAAGUUGAAUCUUACGUUUGGCGUUUGCUGUUUUAAUACGCGAGUCUAAAUCUCUUCACAAUGAAAUCGUUAGUUCAGAAAUUGUCCAGAAGGCUGCUUCCUUUCUCUUUCUCCGCUUUAAGAUGGGAUUGCUUUUAUUGCUUUUAUUUUUGGUUGUUAAAACAACUGUCAGCGGUAAACGUAUUUUUCGGGGCGCUUUCCAUUUACCAACAGGCUUCCUGAAAUUCCGGUUGGUCGUUCCGCCGAAAGAUUUCUGGGAUCAAAGGUUGUUUACCAUUUACAAUGCAAACCGGUCGGUUUACACUGUAAGUUAAAUGGUAAGCAAAACUCAAGACUGGUAAAUUUCGUCCCGGAAUCGUAUUUACGGUUUGUUCAAAUCGGUUCCGGCAUUAACCGAAAACGGCCACGAAGGCCUGAAACUGGUAUCAAAGAUGGCUUCCGUCACUUUCCAACCGUAUUUUCAGAAAACUUUUUGUAAGUGGUAAACAACCAACAAAACAUCUGAAAAGUUAGUCCCGUUUCUCCGGAAGGAAUGUUGCAGACAGAAAUUCCAGUUCCAUUUCUUCAGAGUCAACUUUGAUGCCAGUUUCUGGCUUUUGCAGCCGUUUUUUGGUAAAUGGAACUGUUUUGUGCAAAUGGUAAACGUGACUCCGGAAUGAAAUUUACCGGUCCUGAAUUUUGUUUACCAUUUACUCAAACCGUGAACCGACCGGUUUGCGAAUGCCCAUGUAAACAAUAAACAACCUAAAUCUCUCUUUGUUUAUUAUUAUAUUGCGGUCCAUCUUCUGAGUAACCGCUAAAUUUUCAAUUAUUUGAACGGAAGGUACAUUGUCUCUGCGCAUUCCUUUCAUUUUCAUUGUGGGUUCCCAAAAGCUACAAAAAAGGAAAUCAGAAUUUUUGAUUUAUUGGGUAUUGUACACAUUGCCCUAUCAGAAACCGAAGGGGUACCACUGAAUUCAGAGGGCUUCAAUCAAUAUCAUCUUAAAAUGAAUUAUAAACACCAAGUAAGAAUAAAAGACACUAGUUUGCUUUCCCAAAACAAACGUGAAAGACAGAUUGGGCUAGCGAAAUACAAUAUAGCUGUGAGAAGCAAUUUGUUUCUGUGAAAACUCAUAUUAACGAUAAAUGCAAAAUAGGGGAAUCGAAACGUAUUUGGAAUUAUUAAAGCUCUCUUCAUUAAAAUAUGGCAUAAUAUUUGCUCGAGAUUCUUCAUUAUGUAUGAUUACACUAGGUGUCGCAGAAAAGUGGGAAUAAUUUAUUUUCAAACCGUUAAAAAACGCUUCUGUAUCUCGAACGAAGCAAUAAAGUUGUUUUUAUUUUAAAGCGAUGUCCAGCAGUGUACAUUUUCUUGGCUUUGAAUUCAGUAUUAAAUUUUUUACAACGAUCUGCUUAUUAUUUUGUCGAAAAAGAGCGAGGCCCGGAAAUUCACAGGUAAUUAUUUCCAUAUUAAAAGCUUUACUACUUAUUUAAAUUUGGUUUUCAGGCCAUCAAAGUGAUAUUCACCACGUAACAAUUUUUCUGAAGCGGGUUCUUUUCAGUUUGAAUUUAAAUGAUCUUAUAGAUGCCUAAAUUGUAAUGCUGUCUCCCGAGUGUUCGAAUAGUCUUUCAGUUUAUGAUCUUGUGAGCCUAAUCAUCGAGUCAUGUAGAGCAACAAAAGGAAUCAGGGAUCAGUGAUUGUUAUACUGAGCGACUUGAGCCGGGCAAUGAAAAAAUAAGUCACUGCAGACUUUUAAUAUGUUUAUGGUAUAGCCAUUAUAAAAGUUCCUGCAUGUCAUAUUCGACUUGGAAGGUAAGGUGUUUGAUUUUACAGUGCUCUAACGCUUUUUGUUAUUUUGGUUUUUAUUUUUAGCAAAGGGCAAGUUACACUUUUACCCCAAACAAGGAAGAGGUUAUCGAAUCAAGGUGAGCACAAUUGCUUUAAUUUCUUCCUUGAGACGUAAAAAUAUCAACAAAGCUAAAGUGUAGUUUUAUUUAAAAUAACAGUUAUUUCUCCGCGUUCCAUCUAUAGAGGACAAAUAAAAAAACUAGCUCGUAGGUUUUGCGUUUGAAAUUAAAAUUCUAAGUUGAUACUCAUCGCCUUGAUUUAGAGUGAUUAUCAUAAGCAACCUGAAGGUGACUAUAAACAACAAUGCUUUUAGAAGAAAAUAAAAAACAUUGUAGCCUCUAUAUGAUAAAAAACGGGGGUGGCUAUAAAUAAAAUUCUGGCGGGAAAGGCGAAAUCAAAAUCUGGCCGCAGCAGCACAGGCGUGAAAGACUUUGUAUCAGACCCAAUUUUAGAGCGACCGCGUAGGAAAGAAUGUAUGGAAGCUACUAAAAUUGAUUGGGUCUGAUCUCAGGUUAAGAGUAGAUUUAAGAGCUGGCGCCGAGACACAAAAACAAGCGACCGACCGACCGUCAGUUGUUCAGGCAAAAAUAUGCAAAAUUUGAAACAAAGAAUCAAGUUUCGGAGGGGCUUGACAGCGAGUCGUGGCGUAAAAAAUGCGCAUAUAAAUCUUCAAAUUCGAGACGGCACUUAACAAAAUUGGCUUAAACUUUACAUCUCCCGUUUAUUCUAAGAGAUUUUUAACGUUACAGGUAGCUAAGAUAUCUCCCUGUGCGUUAAAUCAAACGGUCAAUAUUCAUUGCAGUUAAGGAGCCUUAAUUAAACGAGUUAAAAAAAAACUGACUAUUUUACAUGUAACUUAAAUUUACUUAGGAUCCACGACAAAUGAACUAACUGUGAAUAACUAACUCGAAUUUUUGUCGAUGUCUAUAAUAUUCUCAGCAAGAUCAGAUUUCUAUUAUCCAUACCAAAAAUAAAGUGAUAAAAUUUUAAACAAAACUCGACUUUUGAGUUUCGAUAUUCGCAGCGGCAACCGCAUGACUAGAGCAGACAAUUAAGGCUUGAUGUUUUUGUGGGUAUUUUUUAAUGAAGACUUAAUUAUGACAGCUUCGAUCAAAACAAUCACAAUUCCUUUUUUUAAAAUUCAAUGAAUAUUAUUUAUAUAGAUGCCCUGUGAUUCUAGUUCAGAAUAAAAUUCAAAAUAAAUGAUAAAUCACUUCGCAUCAGCCACAAUUUCUAUUUGCCUUUUCCCAAUCAUAUUCAGAUAAGUUUCUACGAACCAGAGUGAUUGUGUGGUUGACUCGGUAAUAAGAUCAUAUAGCAACAGAGACAAGCGAGCGGAACAUUCAUUAUUGGUAAAAUAAAUUAUCUUGUUUUCCCGGGAGAGCAGCAUAUGUUUGUCUUUAAGCAUUAGUCACUUCUUACGAACUGUAGUUCUAAAUAUAAAUGCUUUUCGCCCCGUAUAUUCGUCAGAAGAUUAUCCUAGGGUCACUAAUCACACGAUAGCCUGCGUGAAACAGCCGACAUUUUGCGACGCUUCCACUGGUUUGCCCGCGAAAGUGUCAUUUCGCGGGGAAACCAGUGUAAGCGUCGCUAAAUGUCGGCUGUUUUCUCAUGCUACCUGCGUGCAGCCGUCUCCCGAUUCAGUUUCCUGAUUAACAAAGGAAAUAAGAGACGUCUGCAGUCACAUGAAAUUCUACCUCAGAAAACGUUUGGCUAACUUUCCAAUAAAGACCGGUCAAUAAAAGCUGCAAAUGUCAGCAGUAUAUAUAUCUAGCCGAUUUUUUGAAAACGAGGCUAGUGGAAUUUCAGCCAUUUGGGUGACAAAGGGCUCCCAAACAGGUUUUUUGGGUCCGGUUAAAUUACACUAGCGAAUGAAAAGGAAAAGAGGAAGAAAGGAGACGAAGAGAAAAAAGCAAGGGUUGCACUCUUAGUUUUUAUAUUGGCUACUUUGGAGAAGAAAAAAAAGGUAAAAAACAAUAAUUGACGGAAUUGAAGAGGUCUAUUAGGCGGCAACGUUUUCAAAACUUCGGCGAGAUACUACUUUAAAAAAAAUGGUAAAAGAAAAUAGUGCGGCAACUGUGUCGUGGGGAAAUACAAUGGGAAAAUAACUCAGCUUGUUUGUUAAAAAAAAAAAAAAAACAAGAACAAACCCGUGAUGAUAUUGCUAUCGUUGCAUCCGGGUAUUUAGGGGCAAACAUGCAACUCGCCUCAGUGUUAUGCCCUUAGAGAUUUUGCCGGACAAAAUAUAAUCAGUCAAUGUAUAGUACGUCCGGUAUAACAUCCUUUCUUGAAUGUUUCCAGUGGGUCUGCUUUUUGACCAUUAGAUUUGAAACCGCCUGGGGGUAUAUAUAUAAAAAACAUGUUCUGUUUGCCUCAACAUGGGAAACAAAGCUCGCGGCAAAUGUGUGCUAUUGAUGACAAGGCUAAGCGAGGAAUAACGUUACGAAUGUCUUUUAUACCAAGGCAUUACACAUGAGAUAAUGUUAGGCGAAGUGGUGAAAAAUUGCGAGAAUUCAGUUCGAGCCAAGUGAUUUGCACUGUGAGCACGUGGUCAAGCAUGGUUAAGAACUAUGACACCUGCAUGGAACACUCUAGAUUCUGAUUGGUUAGAAACCAGAUACGCUCGAUGCCUGUCGCCUGAGCCUGAGGCCCGUUGUCUAAGAAAAUGCCUUGUCAUAAAAUCCCAUUAUGAUGAAGUUAUAAUGAUGUCUUUUUGUCAAGCGCGUAAAUACGGUGUUAGACAGGAGUCCAUAAACCUACAGUCUCCUUCUGCUGGCAAUUAGUGUCAAAGCGCGUUAGAAUUUUAGUAUAUUUUUAGACUCCACUUCCCAAGAAAUUCGCUGUUAAAUUCGCUUUGUCGGCUUAGUGCCAAGACCUCAUUUAUCUCAUUAUUCCGGGGCCUAUGCGUUUUGCAUCAGGAGCUUCAAGCCAGUGUCUCGGACAAUUCACCGAAAAGCAUUGACCGUGAAGGCCUGGGAGAAGAGGCCAUUCAGUGCCGAUGGACCGUUCGUGCCAAUAGAGACUUUCCUAUCUUUCAGAGAUCUGACUCCAUACCGUUAUACAGGGUUUAAACAAUAGCUUUCAGACUUUUCGUGUCUAAGCGUUUCGCCAAGCGAGAAAUGUAUUUUCCGAUUGUUAUUUAUGAUGUCGUGAUGUCAGUGUUCUCCGGCUUCAAACUGCUGACCUGCUGAUGGAGUCCCGUAAGGUGGUUCUAACUUUUGAGUCUGUGGAUGAAAUCCUGUGAUGUGACCAUUCAAAUGAAACCUCUUCAGCAGUACUUUCACAUCGUAAUUAUUGUUUCUCAGCAUUUUACAAAAAUGAAAUGUGGAAAAUUUGUCAAUACUGAAGAAUAAAAAGGGCUGAAGCAAUGAUAUUCUAGACAGAAGCCACGGGUUUCCUAGGUCCAAUGUUGUUAAACCAGUUUAACUCUUUUUUUUUUACACUACGCUGCUCCCAUCACGGCCCAGUUGCUGGAAAUUCUACUCUACACUUGUUAGCCGAGAGUUGCUUGGCGUGAAAGGUUAAUCUUAUUAGGAGCAAGGGUAGCACAGAUGGUUAGUGUGCGGUCUUCGGUGCGCCAGGUCCCGAGUUCGAUCCCCGGUGACAUCACAUCCUUGUUUCAACUUCUCUCCUUUCUGUGUAGCUUUGACUAGCUUUAAAUACCCUUAAAAGCGAGCAUUGAUGGAGAGAGGGGGAUAAAAGGAGCGCACCGUCGACCUCAAGUUUAUCAUUUAUUAUUACUGUCACGAGUUACCGACAUAAAAUGUGGUUUCUUUACCUUUACCUUUAAUUCAUAUGAAAAGGCCUCAACUACGCUGUUACCCAUGCAGACCUUUCCACUUGGUGAAAAAUGGAUGGUCUGAGGAUAAUUUGCCAACCAUGUUCCAAGGGCCUUUCCCGGCUGAGGAAAUGGGAGGGGAGGGUGGGGACGAGGCUGACGAAUGACUUCUGUGUUGGUUUGCCGCCUUACUGGCAAAGACAGAAAAUAUAUUUUUGAACCAUCCGACACAAGAUCCAACUAGGCAGUUGUUAAAGUUUGAUCUUUCUUUGGUCCACAGAUUCCGUUUACGAUACAGUACCACGUGUGACAGUUACUACAGAGACUGGUUUGAUGCCAUAGAUCCAUCCUCAAAGGGAGUAAUCCCGGGAUGGGAUAAAGCUAUCUACUCUGUUGACAACGUGCGCCGACACUUAAACGAAGACAUUGGCCAGGUAACGCACCCGUUGGUCGAGUUUAUAGUAGAGACAACCGGUUAUCCUUCUUGGCGAUUUUUAUCGUCAGAUUACUAAUCUUUACAGGGUAUAUCGCGAACCAGUUAAUGACCAGCUCCCUGUUGGCUCGCUACAAAAGCUCAAUUAGUUAGAGCACUGUACCGGUAUCGCAGAUGUCAGGGUUCGACUCUCUUGACAAACCUGAAGUUUUUCACGCUUUCUUUUCGCAACUGCAUAAGUUGCGUCUUUAACUGCGGUGAUCUUCUUUGCAUUCAUUAAUUCCUCUUGGUAUAAAUUCGAGAGACAAAUUUAUACGAAUCUUUAGUUUGAGAAAGGGUUUAGACAGAAAAAAUGAAACAAACUGGCGGCGUUCAUAGCCCUUUUAAUCUAUUUUAAGGAAUUGCUUGAGAGAAAUUCUUAGAGACUCAGGGGCACCCAACGAGGAUAUAGUUCAAAACCACUAAAGCAUAGCAUUGUUGAACGUAUUUUAGUAUUCAAACGGUAGAUAUAGGCAUAUUUUUAUCCCCUAAAAACGUUUCAUCUGUUCGGAUUUCCUAGCUGAAAGUCUAGUGAUCCGAAGAUUGUAGGGAUAAAAACUUACCUUCUCGAAAAUUUCAGCCAGGAAAAGUCUCCCGAAAAUUCUAGGUGGCCUUUUUUUGGGUCAAAAUCCGUUAAAAAUGGGUAAUUAUACCAUUUUGUAGAUGUUCGAAAAUCCUAGGAGAGGCAGGCAAGCAAGAAAUUUUACAAGAAAUGCUCCGAAAAUUCUAGAUCUCAAAUCGUCUUCCGAACUGAUAUUUUCCCGAAAAUUGCCGUUGGGUGCCCCUGAAGACUGAGGAGUAUUUCAGCUGAAUAGUUGGCUGGCAAAGUGCAUGAUUAAAUUGGCAACAAUGGACAUUGAUUUCAUCGAUUGUCGGCUUGUCCAUAAGUCCGGAAAGAAAAUAAAGAUGCGGCAAUACAGAAACAACGAAUGGUCGGAGAAGUGUUUGUCCAGUUGGUAUGGAAAAAAAAGGAAUGGAGAUUCUUUUUUAUGCUUAGAAAUCUUCCAAAGAAAUAGGUAUCAGUCUCUCUCAAUUUAAAAUUGAGGCCAAAUCUGUCUUCGUUUUUCGUCUAGGUAUAAAUUCAAUGGCGGAUUAUCCGUGUCAGACAAAUCACACGAAGGACGAAUUUUCGCCUAAACUUCGUCUAAACACCAAUUCGUCUUUGACGGAUAAUUCCUUUCUAGUUUAAAUUUAGCCAACAUCAAAUAACAAAUGCUGUUCCAUAAUGUAGAGUCAUGUCUUCUUGGGAAGAAGAGAACUGCCCCCAAGUUCAUUGGUUUCAGGAAAAGGAGAAUAUUCGUUAUGCCUUAAGUAUUGGUCAAGCUGGGCUGCCUGUUCUCUCAAGGUAUUCCCACCUUUAUGCCCAGUUUCUUUCUUGUCCACAGGUGUACCUAGAGAGGGUGCCAGGAUCCAGUACAGGGUGUAUCAAAUGGCACAUAGAUUUUGGCUGCUGUGGUCUGCUGGUCGAUGAAGUCACCCUCCGACUGUCAUGCGUAGAGGAAUACGGAGGAGAAAUCACUGUCACCAUGACGGGAAUUCCAGGCCAAAAGCGUGUUCGUUAUGCUGUAGGUAAGAAAAUCAAGACUGACAAUAGUAUCCGAGUUUUACAGAGAAAGGGGCUGUGACACUGCUGGUGAUUUCAUUUUGUUUAUAAUGCUACUCACGCUAUAAUAAUAAUAAUAAUAAUAAUAAUAAUAAUAAUAUUUAUAGAGGGAGCCCAACUCGCCAAGGCGGUUUUCAGUGGGGCCCUCAUGCAUUAAUCUAACUAAUUAAUUAAUAAUUACGAAAAAAGUAAAAUAUGUUUACAAGUAAAACAAAUUUAAAAAUUUAAAAUCUUAAAAUCGAUUAUACAAAAAAAACAUCAAGGUUUAAAAUUAGCUGAGAUCUUUUAAAAAAGUUUUUAACUUGGAUUUAAAAAUAGAUAAAAUAUUACACUCUUUUAAAUCAUUUGGAAGGCUGUUCCAGUCUUUCGCGGCGUGAAAAAUAAAAGUUUGUUUACCCCAGUUUGUUCUGGGUAGGGGUAAGCGAAUAUCAUUAGAGCGUCUUGUAUUAUAUGAAUGAACAGCUUGACUUUUAGUAAAAUUAAAGCUGAAAUCGGUUUCUCCAAUAAGACACUUGUGGAUUGCAAUGCAGCGAUGAAAAACCUUCUUGUGGACAGUGACUUCAAAUCUAGACUUUUCAGUGCUUCAGUUGACGAGCUUCGGGGUGGUUGUCCCAGCAUAACUUUAGCAGCUUUAUUCUGUAGAAUCUGUAAUUCUGACAUGAUGGUGUCAUUGUUUUUGUCCCCCCAUAUAACGUCUCCGUAAUCAAAAAGAGGGAGGAUUAGGGCAUUGUACAAGGCAACUCUAGCUUGUAGCGGCAAUAGAUUCCUGAUUCUCCAAAUUAGGCCUAUUCUCUGAUUAAUCUUCAUGCUGAUAGCAUCGACGUGAUCUGCCCAGGACAUAGACUGUUGAAGCGUUACGCCUAGGUAUUUGAAUGAUUGUGUUCUUUCAAUGCUAGUGCCCUCUACUUUAACCGAAAUGCCUUGAAUACGAUUCAGUUUCUGAGGACUUCCAAAGAUAACAAAAUUACAUUUGGAUAUAUUUAGUGUCAGGAGAUUUCUAGAGAACCACUCAGACACUGUCCCCAAGUCAGCAUUGAUGUGAUGUUCAAGAUCACUGAUGCUUUUGGAUGAGUAAUAGAGUACAGUAUCGUCUGCAUAAAGAAUAAUAUCGCUUGCCAGGUGACAGUCCGGAAGAUCAUUCACGUAAAUUAAAAACAAUAAAGGUCCCAAUAUACUUCCUUGCGGUACUCCAAUAGGCAUUUCGGUAGAUGCAGAGUGAGCAUCUCCAACUGAUGUAAUUUGAGAUCUGUUUGUGAGGUACGAUCUAAACCACUGGGUGGUAGAGGUGGUAAGACCGAUGUGCGUCAAUUUUUGCAGCAGCAGGGGAUGAUCCACUGUAUCGAAGGCCUUAGACAGGUCCAGAAAAACAGCACCUGUAAAGGAACCAGCGUCCAUAUUCUGGAGGAUAUUGUCUGUGAAAUGAGAUAGGGCUGUUCCAGUUGAUAACUUCGGCCUGAACCCAAAUUGCUUAGAUGUAAGGAUACCAUUGUUUUUAAGAUAAGCGUACAGUUGGGUGUGCACGGCUUUUUCUAGAAUUUUACUGAUCGUUGGCAGCACAGUAAUGGGUCUGUAAUUGUUAGCAUCACAGCGAUCACCUUUCUUGAAUAACGCUGCCACUUUUCCAAAUUUCCAAAGAGAAGGAAAGGUGCGAGUUUCCAGGGAAAGAUUAAAUAAUCUAGUAAGACUGGCACUGAUUACUGAGGCAGAAUCUUUCAGUAGACGAGCACUGAUAUUAUCUAGGCCAAUGGCUUUAUUGGUUUUGAGCUGCUUAAGCUGACGAAGAACGAAGUCUUCCGUAAUUGGCUCGAAAGCAAAUUCAUGGGGUAGAUUCGAGUUUACCGGAGGCGCCGAGUACAUGUGGGAUCCACAAGACUUGAGCUUUUGCGCCAAUUUAGUUCCAAUUGUUGAAAAGUGUUCAUUCAGAAUCUUGGCGAUAGAUUUAUUGCUGGAGUAUUGAACACCGUCGGCCUCAAUGCAGGAGAUGGGAGUUCUUUCUUUGCGAGAUGUUAUGUCGUUUAGAGUUUUCCAUAAUGCACUUGGAUUAGAUUUGUUUUCGGUAAUAAGCUUAGAAUAGUAUUCCGAUUUACAUCUCUUUGUCUCCUUAUUUACGUAGUUCUUAAGUUCCUUAUAGCGUGACCAAUGAUUGGCAGACUUUGUUUUCAGGGCUUUACGAUGGUAAUAAUCUCGUUGGUGCAUAGCUUCAGAUAGCUGUGCGUUUAUCCAGGGAGAACGGACCCCUUUAAUUCUUGAUUUCCUCAUCGGAGCAUGACUAUCGGCAACAUGAGUAAAAAGAUUGUUCCAAUCAUUUACCGCGGAGUCAAUGUCCUGCUUGUUUAGAGCUUGGUUCCAGUCAAUUUCUUUCAAGUCAUUCACAAAUUCCUGCUUUGAAUAAUGUUUGUAUGACCGAUAUUCGAUGGUUCUCCCGGGAGCCUUGGGAACACCUGAUUUGAUAACACAGAAGAUCAAACAAUGGUCGCUUAAAGGUGAUGGAAUAACGCCUCGGUCAAUGACACGAUGAGAAGUGUUAGUAAACAAUAAGUCAAUCAGUGUAGAUGACGUUUCCGUUAUCCUCGUUGAUGUGUUAAUUACUUGGUCAAGGUGAUGAACAUUUGCCACCUGGAGAAGUUUGCGCUUCUUGGCUUUAUCAUUAUUCAUCUCAGAGCUUGCAAAAUUUAUGUUGAAAUCCCCGAGCAAAAUAAGCUCAGUCUUAACGGGCAUAGAUGACAAAGAUGUAUUUAAAAUUUGAAUAAACGUUUCCUUAUUCGUUAUGAGAAUUGGGAAAUUACUUGUGGAUGAGAAAAUCACAGCUUUGUAUCAAACAAAUAUGUUUCCCGAGCAUUAUAUCAAACGUUACAAACAACAAAAACGACCUUUGAAACACGGUUAAGCUAACAAGUUUACAAAAACCACAAUUGCCAUCCCCAUCAAUCUUCUUCAAGGUUGUCCAUCCGCGCGUUCUUUUGUACAUGCUGUGUUUUUUAUACCUUCUUAUUUUAACAUUUUGAGUGGCUAUUUUCAUGUUUCACUUAAUUUGGUGGCAUUGCAGCCAUUGCACUGCGCCAUUUCGGGGGCGUAGCUCCUCUAACUUGUGAAAUCUUGUGCAAGGUUAUGAGUUUACGUACUGAGGAAGAGUAAGACAAUGCAAGAUACAUGUUACAUACCGUAAAAUUCCGAAAAUAAGCCCCACCACGUAUAAGCCCCUCAAACCGGUAACGCAAAAAACCCUCCGUUAAAUCGCCCCUCCAAAUAUAAGACCCCCGGGGGCUUGUACUUGGAAAUUGCCCUCAAAUGCAAAGUAAAACAAAGCAAAAACGGUAAAUUUGCUUCCAAAUAUAAGGCUAGCCCAAUCGAUUUUGAAACGCAAAUUCCCUCCGUAGAUAAGCCCCUCAAUAAGGGCCUUUGACAAAUAUAAGCCUCGGGGCCUAUUUUCGGAAUUUUACGGUAUCUUGUUGGCCGCCUCAGGCUGUAUAUCAUAAGAUGGUAGAACGGAGUCGAGUUUUCCAACAUGAAGGAGGUAAUCAGAGUAAAAAUUUCUUGGCACUUUUCAAAUGAAUUGCAAUCGAAAUUAAGAAUUGUUUUAAACGCCCCACCAGGGCAGGGUCAAAAAGUAGUGAAUGCAUUCUAGGGUCUGGCUACCUAAAAGGUGGAUAAGGCUGUCCAAUGGAUAGCGCAAUUGGUUUCAACAAUACUUAUCAGUGGCAGAUCUAGACCUUCAGAUAAGGGGGGGCGGGUGGGUCUGAAAAAAAAUUUCUCUGCCCUCCGGGCCUCAGGUUGGUCUAACAAUAAGGGGGGAGGAUGGGUCCCCCGGGCCCCUCCCCUUGAUCCGCCACUGCUUAUCUGCUGUAUGGUGAUUUAUCCGGUCAAUAGCGCUAUCCAGCUAUUGCCGAACAACUGAGGUACGUCGAGGUAAGGAUUAACACAUUGAACGUUUGGUUUCGUCUUUUUGAUUUACACCAGGUAGCGACUAUGUGACGUACACAGAAUUGCAGAACUCGCCUGAAUUAACGCUUGCUGUUCAUUUCGUUGGAGAAGCUGACCAGGUUACUCAGCUGUUUCCACAAAACAUUCUGCGUGGUAUGGGAUAUCCGCUGGACAUUCAAGUCAUUCUUAAGGUGGGUCUUCAGCGGUCACGUGAUCACGUUAGGGACUUAUACGUGGCAAAGGCUAUGCUAUACCUCAGGCGAGGCUUGGAAGACUGUUUUAAUUAACUCAAGAAGAAAUUCGAAAAUUGGGAGAGAAAUGUUCACACUUCUGGUAUGUCUUGCUGAUCAGAAGUCUUACAGAUCCUACGUUUGCAGUCACUUGGCAGUCAGGACCCUUGGCAGUCAGGACCUCUUACGCUUUUAUAAUACCAUUUUUCACAGAAAAGGUACCCCUUUCGUAUACCUUCUGUUGACAAAUGGUAUCCCUUUCACAUACCUAGUUUAGAAUUUUGCAUCCGUUUUCAAUUGCUGUAAAUGUACUGUCUCCUAAAUAUAAAUAAAUCACAAAAGUAGAGCGUUUUUUUCGACUUUUCACAGACAUAAAAUGCAUCUGCUAGCCCUUUUGGGCAUUUGUACGGAUUUUUACAGACCGAAAUGAUAGAUUUCCCUAACCGUUAAUAUACCAGAAGCCUGAGAAAGGCACCCAUAUCGGGCGGAGCCUCCUAGUAUAAGGAGUGCCCCCCCCCCCCGGGAGGGUCAGGACUAUUGUUACCUGGAGGAAUGUAUAAUCUUUCACUUGUCUUUAGUGUUCUUUGUCCCGUGUACCCCAAGAUUCUCUUUCUGGCCUAGAAACCAAAGUUGCAGGAGGGGAAGGCUCAUAUUGUUUCUAUUUUUCACUUUUUUAUUCAGCAACCUCUAAGUUCCUUAGGUAAACCGAGAAUCCUCGUGGGUCUGCUCUACAGUAGCUCACAAGAAAUUGAAGUGGAUGCCAGACAUUACAAACAAAACACAAGUAAUCAAUCAAGCCAAGGCUUUCUUCAUAUUCACCUGUUCCGAGGAAGGGACUUACCGCAAGGAAAACAGGGCUCAACAGAGACUUUCUCAAAAUGGUAGGCAACGCGCAGUGCUCUCUUGAAAAAAAAACCUCUUUUUUGGUACAUUUUUCUUUAUAAUAUUGGGUUCCCUGUGGGUAAGCUCUUGACCCAACAGGGGAGGGAAGAAUCAGUGGUGAAAUGUAGGCUGUUUUCUCAGGCACCCAUCCCUAAAAAACAAGUCACAAGUCAUACUCCAGUUUACAUCUCUUUAAAAGAAGACCCUUCUAACACACUAAAGGCAUCUCUUUUAUUAAGAGAAAAAUCUCACUGACAGAUAUGGGCCUGCUGCACAAGACCUAACAAUGGGCUCAACUGCUAACUUGUAGCGAUGAUAAAAUACUGAAAGAGUUUGGCUAGGCGGAACGUCGAAAGAUAGCAGUUAUGUCUGUCAUUAAGAUUUAUGCUAACUGACCCAUGUUUUGAUUUUGUAUAAUGAACAAGGAACGUCCUUUUUGGAACUGACUUAAAAACCAUGUUAACACACGGGGCUUAAUGCAAAAUUUCAAGACAUGGUGCCACGACUCGCGGCUUGAUUAAGGUGUCCUGAAGUCACUUAUGUCCAGAAAUACAUGCAUGCAACUUGGUGCGAUGUCGAAACUGGCAAAAAAUCGCAUUGGCGAAAAUUUAAAUAAGAUUUUAAAAGGUGCCUCUCGUUAAGUGGCGAAGUUCAACUGAGCGUUCUGUCUUUUGAAUAAGUAUUUAUUCAAUAGCACUAGCUACAACAGCCCUCAGAACUUUUUCUCAGCUCCAGGUAAUUGAUAAUAACGUUAACUGGUGUUUGUUUGUUUCCUCCUCAGUUAUCUUCUUCCCGAUGCCAAGAAAACAACCAAGUGCCGAACAAAGGCACGAAAAGGAAAAGACCCUUAUUGGAAUGAACAAUAUCUUGUGGUCGGUAUCAACUAUCACGAAAUUAAACGCCGUGCGCUGGAGAUAUGCAUAGCUGACAGUCGCACUUCCGUCGGAAAGAAGGCGAAGUUCAUCGGAGGUCUUCGUCUCAGCCUCGGGUACGAGGCAGUUGUAAGUGCGCAAACCAAACAAGUUAAUCAAGUGCUUCGGUUUCUGAAAAUCAAAGGAGCAGCAGCAGGGGAAAAGAAAGAUCUUCAGAGAAAAGUGUCCUUUAGUGACAAGGAGACUGUAAUUGGAAGAGUGAACUCGAGCUCGUUGAAAUGGAAGAAGGCAGCUUGGACCCGUGUAGCAACUGAGGGCAGUGUGGACAUGAACAGAAACGAAGAGGAAGGAGAAAAGGAAGAAACUGCGGCAGAUAGGGAGGAUAUAAAGAUUGUUAACGACAACAAAAAUGACGCCAAGAAAGAAUCCCAAAGAGUAUCUUAUUCCUCGAGUGCAGAGGAAAUUCCAACCGUAUGGUACUCGGCCCCAGAUCUCGUUGAGAGUCAAGAGAAAGUCCUGGGCACAAGCGUUACACGCCCUGAAAGAAACAGCACAGACACAUCAUGUUUUCAUACAGGGAUCUGCAAUACAACACACUAUGGCGAGUCGGAGGAAAGAAGAAAGUUAGAUUUAGCCAAUCAACGACUUCUCCAGUCUUUGAUGAGCUCCAUUAAGGAGCUAGAGUUUGUGCCUCGUCCUGGUAACGAGGAACAGUCAACAGGACAACAAGUAAACGACUCAAAACAAGAUGAGAUCACAACAGAUAUUGAAGAAAAUGCGAUUGUACUUAAUGUCAUACAGAAGGAGAACAAUAUCACAAAAGCGGAAAGCGAGGAUUUGAAUUGCACGAAGUCAUCCGAACACUCCCGACAUGAAAAUGACCACGUGUCAAACAAAGAGGAUAACGAGGAGUUUGGCACACCAACAGAGGCAUCAAAUGAAAAAAUAGGCACAACAGAAAAAAAGAAAACAGGAAAAGUUGAAAUAGACGCAGAGGCCUUAGAAAGUGAGAACACUUCCCUUGAAAAAGAGUCCCUUAAGGCAUUUACAGUUUCGAAGGAAAUAAAACGAAGCUCUUCAUUCAAUCUUAAAGACUUUGGAAAGAAGCUUGGCUUGCGCCAACGUAUCAAAUCAGGCGAAGACAACGGUCUCAAUGCUAACUUUGAAACCAAGGCAGAUAAGGUUAUGCUGGACGCACAGGGACUGGAGAUAACACAGUGGAGAUUAAUGGUUGAACGACCUAAAGAGUGGCAUUACUGUUGGCAUAUUUUAAGAUCGGAACUGACCAUCCUACAUUAG